AAUAAUAAAUUACUUUCCGAUAUUGGAUCCUGAAGAUUCCGCGCAAGCGCCAUUGCGAUUAAGGCGUUCCUCGCGAGUAAACAAAACCCGAUCUUACCGCGUGGUUUCAAUCAGUCAAGCAGUGCCUCCACUUGUCGAAGGAACCUCUUGGUAUCCUUGAAAUCAUUGUAUCUAUUUUCAAUCGGAAGAUUCGCAAGUUCGCGUCGUCGAUCGUUGACUCGUCAGGAUUUCCUGCAACGAGAAGAGCGCGACGGCUGAUCGGCGUUGCUUUUCGAUUUGGAAAUUGGAUUAAAAAUCUGGAUUAAUAAACAACGAUUCAGAUGAAAUCGUGCAAAAUUAGUUUAAAAAAAUUUCAAGUGACACGAGACCAUAAAGGACUAAUUUCAAAAAUAUAACAUCAAGAAUUGAAUCAACGAGGAGAAAUAGUUACAAUUCCUUGAAUUCAUAUGAUUUCGCGUUAAAUUUUACAUUACAGAAAAUUCAAGGAAUUUGAAUCUCCAAUAUUUCAAGAUUAGCAUUUUACGUCACAUUAAGAUAACUUCUUCGGCGAAGACAAGGAAACAAGUAAUUAAAUUCUCUUCUCCGGAAUUAAAUUCUUAACCGGAGAGGAAGCUACAUAUUACAAUCAUGGCAAAUAACUGGCCAAACAGUACUUUGUCAACUUCUGCGUUUACUAAAACGACGAUGAUGACCAACAUAGUGACAAGCGUUGCACGAAAAAGACAUCUGACAAUAAUAGCUCAGAUUGUAUUGACCCUUGUCUAUAUAACUGGUGUCUUGGGCAAUUUAUCUGCCCUGGCCAUAUUAUUUUAUCGAGAUAAGAGAAGAAAUCGCAAGCAUCUGCUGAUGCUGCGUUGCCUGGCAUCCAACGAUCUCGUGGCAUUAUUGGGAAUGUUAGUACAGAUGUAUGUUACAAUUUAUGUGGGCGGUGUGACAUCUUCAAGAAUAUUUUGUUCUCUGCGAGUUGUCUGGCGUCUUUUUGGUCUUUUCAGUGGAUGCGUCGCCAUCGUCAUGGCAGUAGAAAGAUGGUUAGCUUUAACAAGACCUUUCGUUUAUCAAAGGCAGGUAACGUAUCCGGUAAUUGUGCGUUGUAUGUUGGGACUUUGGUUGGUCGCGUUGGCGAUGACAAGUCUUCCGGUUAUGGGCUUCGGAUUAUACUACAAAGAUGAACAAUGCAUCCGUUAUAGAGAGGCCACCGAGCCAAGCGAUAUCGCUUAUGCUUAUGUAUGGUUUAUUUUCGGUACACUUUUAUGUUUAUCCAUUGUUUGGUGUAAUUUGGCAGUUUCUAGAGCUUUGAGUAGAUUAAGUCGUCGAACAGGUGCUCUUAGGAGAAUCUGCAGAGCUACGUCAAAGACAAAGCCAUUAUUGACCAUAGCUGGACCGCCAAAUCAAUCGGAAGUUGUUGCAACGACUGAAGAAAGAGCAUUUGCAAGACUUAUGGCUGUACUAUCGAUAUCAUUCGUUAUCUGCUGGAUGCCUCAAAUGAUUUCUAUUCCACUAGCUCAAUUUGCAAUGCAAUUACCUUCAACGGCAACUACUGCACGGAAAUGUAUUUAUAUUUUCCAUCUAAUUGCGGAUAUUCUUUUGUGCAUUCAUUUUACCUUGGAUCCAUACAUCUACGUACUUCUACGUGUGUCUCGACCAAAAUUCCGUUUUCUAAAACCGCUCUGUAAAAUUUGUUGGCCCGAUCGAAGUCGUUCAAACUCUUUUACAGGUACAACAGAUCACCAAUGUAGCAGCGGUGAUCCACCUACGCCGAAUACUGAGGCUCCAUCAACUCCUGUCAGUGAAGAACAUGAUUCGAACCUGGUUACAGCAUCCCUCUAAGAUUAAUCUGUAUGAACGUUUUUUUCUAAAACAAUUCAAAAAAUCAUAAUGUAAAUAUUCGAAUCGUUUCGAGAUUAGAAAACAUUUUCCCAACUUUUUAUUAACUCCAUUCAUUUGCAUAAUGCAAGUGAAAGUGACGUUAAUUUUUCGUAAGCAAAA